AUGACAAUACGACUGACACAUCAGUUUGCUUCUUUCAAUUUGGGACCGGAUUUCGGCAUUGAUUUCCCAAAUGUUUACAACAGUCAAUCGCUAACGCGUCCAUCUUACAAUGUCGCUGCAUAUCUUCUUAACGUUAUGUGGUCUUUCAUUUUUUUCUUUUUGUUUUCACUUUUAUUGACUACUUUUAAUCUCUUUCCUUCUUUCUUUCUUUCUUUCAUCCUUUCUGUUCCAUCCCUUUCUUUUCUUUCUUUUUUCAUUCUUUCUAUUCCAUCUCUUUUUCUUUCUUUCUUUCUUUCUUUCUUUCUUUUACAUAUUCCUUCUACACAUUUCUUUAAAUUCUUUCUUUCUUUCUUUCUUUCAAGUAUUCAAUCCCUUCCUUCUUUCCCUCCUCUUUCUUUUCUCUUUCUUUCUUUCUUUCUUUCUUUCUUUCUUUCUUUCUUUUUCAAGUAUUCAAUCCCUUCCUUCUUUCCCUUUUUUUUUCUUUCUUUUUUCUUUCUUUCUUUCUUUCAAGUAUUCAAUCCCUUCCUUCUUUCCCUCCUCUUUCUUUUCUCUUUCUUUCUUUCUUUCUUUCUUUCUUUCUUUCUUUCUUUCUUUCAAGUAUUCAAUCCCUUCCUUCUUUCCCUCCUCUUUCUUUUCUCUUUCUUUCUUUCUUUCUUUCUUUCUUUCUUUCUUUCUUUCUUUCUUUCUUUCUUUCUUUCUUUCUUUCAAGUAGUCAAUCCCUUUCUUCUUUCUUUUCUCUUUCUUUCUUUCUUUCUUUCUUUUUUUCUUUCUUUCUUUCUUUCUUUCUUUCUUUCUUUCUUUCCAAUCUCCUAUACUCCCUCCCUUCCUUCUUCCUCACCCUUUCUUUCUUUCCUUCUAUUUUCAUUUUUAUUGACUAUUUUAAAUCUUUUCGCUUCUCUCUUCUCCCAUCAGCAAUUUUUUCACCUUUCUUUUUUUUUUUUUUUUAUCUCACCCCUCCCCGCUUUGAUUCCUGUUUCCCUCUUCUACUUAUUCCGGCGUUCUUUCAAUCAUUCUUUUGACUUCCAUCUUCCUUCAUCACUCAAAUCAACGGCUUUUAUUCCACCCGGAUUUCCUGUUGCAAUGGUUCUUUUCUCAACUUAG